AUGAGUUCGGAGUGCACAAGCUACUACAGCACAGAGAAUGUGUUUACGAAUGGCUCCUCGUGUCCUAAAGAAGGGAGCGAUCCGAGCGCGGCAUUCUGCUGCGGAUUUAACGACGUCAAGUAUUGCUGUGAUGAUCCCAACAGCUUCUUUCCUUAUGCGUAUGGAUACAUGUGGUGGCUUAGGUAGGUCAGGGAUCUUUACUACCCUUUACGAUGGUGCGCUUUUUGGACGUGGUUAUUGUAGGGUUAUAACAUGGGUAGACUAUGACGUUUUUAUUUUAGCUCAAGAAACCACAAGAUGAGAGAGGUUGUUGAUCAUAUUUAUACAGCAAAGUGCACACGAUUAAUAAACUAGAAUGAAGGAUAUUUUUUUAGGCUAAUGAUAACAGAUUUUAUAUGAUCUUCACAUUUCAAUGGGUUUUCACUGGAGUUUAUGGCAGUCUUUUUAACUAAUAGGCUAUUGUAUGCCAAUCUUAUGGAAGGUGAUGAAUACCUACAUUAAAAUCAAAUGUGAUGGGAUUUCCUGCCAAAAAUGAGCUUUGAGAUUUCAUCAUAAUAUGAAUCAUCUAAUGAAAUAAUUAGCAUAUCAAUAUCCAUUUCUGAUUAGCAAUCUAAACAUUAUAUUUAUUUCAUGUAGGUCUGAUUCACAUUCAACCGCCAUAGAAAACAGAAGAUAUUCAAGUUUCCUCCAUUGACACUCUGUGGGCGCUGUUCAAAAGAAGUGCACUGUAAAGGGAAUUCACUCUUAAAAAUAAAGGUGCAAGUUGGAACUAAAUAAGGUUCUUGAGAGUAAUGCCAUAGGGGAACCAUUUUAGAGUCUCUGAAGCAGGGAAUAGCAGGAGAUUAGCUUUAAAACUGCAAAAUGUUCUCUAAGCCUCAUGGCAAAUUGUGAACAAAAGAAUGAGAUGAACUAUAAAGCAGCAAUUCGUUUCCCCGGAAAUUAGCUUUAAAACGGCAUGACAAAAUGUGUAGAAUAGUAUUAUAAAACUGAAAAUGUUUCUCUCUGCACCAUGGCAAAAUGUGUUGAAAUGCAGGAAAGCCCCAAAUGCGGUAGUCCGGCCUUGCUCUGAAGAACCAUAAAUGUGAUAGUUCUUUGAAGAACCAUACAAAAAUCAAUACCAGAAAUGUUUUUGCCCUCCAGGACUGGAUUUAAAUAGCCCUGCUGUAGGGUUUUAAGCCUUAUUUGCAUAUUUCCCAGGGUGCCUUUCGAGUUACUUUUCGAGUUACCUGUAUCACCCAUGACUGUGUUUGCUAGUGACAGAGACAUGGUUGUUGUAUUCAUUCAUUUUUUCAGUGCUGUGGCCUUCACCAAGUGAGAUCCUAAGUGAAUAUGUUGUCAUUAAAAUGCUAUUAUUUAAGACAAUACAAUACAUACAGUGGGGAGAACAAGUAUUUGAUACACUGCCGAUUUUGCAGGUUUUCCUACUUACAAAGCAUGUAGUGGUCUGUAAUUUUUAUCAUAGGUACACUUCAACUGUGAGAGACGGAAUCUAAAACAAACAUCCAAAAAAUCACAUUGUAUGAUUUUUAAGUAAUUAAUUUGCAUUGUAUUGCAUGACAUAAGUAUUUGAUACAUCAGAAAAGCAGAACUUAAUAUUUGGUACAGAAACCUUUGUUUGCAAUUACAGAGAUCAUACGUUUCCUGUAGGUCUUGACCAGGUUUGCACACACUGCAGCAGGGACUUUGGCCCACUCCUCCAUACAGACCUUCUCCAGAUCCUUCAGGUUUCGGGGCUGUCGCUGGGCAAUACGGACUUUCAGCUCCCUCCAAAGAUUUUCUAUUGGGUUCAGGUCUGGAGACUGGCUAGGCCACUCCAGGACCUUGAGAUGCUUCUUACGGAGCCACUCCUUAGUUGCCCUGGCUGUGUGUUUCGGGUCGUUGUCAUGCUGGAAAACCCAGCCACGACCCAUCUUCAAUGCUCUUACUGAGGGAAGGAGGUUGUUGGCCAAGAUCUCGCGAUACAUGGCCCCAUCCAUCCUCCCCUCAAUACAGUGCAGUCGUCCUGUCCCCUUUGCAGAAAAGCAUCCCCAAAGAAUGAUGUUUCCACCUCCAUGCGUCACGGUUGGGAUGGUGUUCUUGGGGUUGUACUCAUCCUUCUUCUUCCUCCAAACACGGCGAGUGGAGUUUAGACCAAAAGGCUCUAUUUUUGUCUCAUCAGACCACAUGACCUUCUCCCAUUCCUCCUCUGGAUCAUCCAGAUGGUUAUUGGCAAACUUCAGACGGGCCUGGACAUGCGCUGGCUUGAGCAGGGGGACUUGCGUGCACUGCAGGAUUUUAAUCCAUGACGGCGUAGUGUGUUACUAAUGGUUUUCUUUGAGACUGUGGUCCCAGCUCUCUUCAGGUCAUUGACCAGUUCCUGCCGUGUAGUUCUGGGCUGAUCCCUCACCUUCCUCAUGAUUAUUGAUGCCCCACAAGGUGAGAUCUUGCAUGGAGCCCCAGACCGAGGGUGAUUGACCGUCAUCUUGAACUUCUUCCAUUUUCUAAUAAUUGCGCCAACAGUUGUUGCCUUCUCACCAAGCUGCUUGCCUAUUGUCCUGUAGCCCAUCCCAGCCUUGUGCAGGUCUACAAUUUUAUCCCUGAUGUCCUUAUACAGCUCUCUGGUCUUGGCCAUUGUGGAGGGGUUGGAGUCUGUUUGAUUGAGUGUGUGGACAGGUGUCUUUUAUACAGGUAACGAGUUCAAACAGGUGCAGUUAAUACAGGUAAUGAGUGGAGAACAGGAGAGCUUCUUAAAGAAAAACUAACAGGUCUGUGAGAGCCGGAAUUCUUACUGGUUGUUAGGUGAUCAAAUACUUAUGUCAUGCAAUAAAAUGCAAAUUAAUUACUUACAAAUCAUACAAUGUGAUUUUCUGGAUUUUUGUUUUAGAUUCCGUCUCUCACAGUUGAAGUGUACCUAUGAUAAAAAUUACAGACCUCUACAUGCUUUGUAAGUAGGAAAACCUGCAAAAUCGGCAGUGUAUCAAAUACUUGUUCUCCCCACUGUAUUUCAUAAGGCCUUAUUUUGAGGGCCUAGUUUUACCCUAAUACAGUGGUCUGAAACUCAUAGUUUACUGGCCACAUCAGGCCUGCAAGUCACAUUAUGCUGGCUUGCAAAGUGAUGUGCAAUUCCUAUUGGAAUCCAACCAGAGUGGGGAUAUACAACAUUUUAAUUUUUAUUCACCCUCAACCUGCAUUCAGAAUGAUUGCCGUGUUGGGAAGACUAAGAAAUGAGACUAGCUUAAAUAUCUAAACUGGAACAACAUCUUCAGUAACGGGUGCAAUAAGUCCAAGUAACAGAUUGGAAUAGUCUAGAAAAAUGUAUGUCCUCAAAAUGUAUGUCAGAUGUAUGGGGAGAACAAGUAUUUGAUACACUGCCGAUUUUGCAGGUUUUCCUACUUACAAAGCAAGUAGAGGUCUGUAAUUUUUAUCAUAGGUACACUUCAACUGUGAGAGACGGAAUCUAAAACAAACAUCCAAAAAAUCACAUUGUAUGAUUUUUAAGUAAUUAAUUUGCAUAAAUAAAUAAAAAAGCAGAACUUAAUAUUUGGUACAGAAACCUUUGUUUGCAAUUACAGAGAUCAUACGUUUCCUGUAGGUCUUGACCAGGUUUGCACACACUGCAGCAGGGAUUUUGGCCCACUCCUCCAUACAGACCUUCUCCAGAUCCUUCAGGUUUCGGGGCUGUCGCUGGGCAAUACAGACUUUCAGCUCCCUCCAAAGAUUUUCUAUUGGGUUCAGGUCUGGAGACUGGCUAGGCCACUCCAGGACCUUGAGAUGCUUCUUACGGAGCCACUCCUUAGUUGCCCUGGCUGUGUGUUUUCGGGUCGUUGUCAUGCUGGAAGACCCAGCCACGACCCAUCUUCAAUGCUCUUACUGAGGGAAGGAGGUUGUUGGCUAAGAUCUCGCGAUACAUGGCCCCAUCCAUCCUCCCCUCAAUACGGUGCAGUCGUCCUGUCCCCUUUGCAGAAAAGCAUCCCCAAAGAAUGAUGUUUCCACCUCCAUGCUUCAAGGUUGGGAUGGUGUUCUUGGGGUUGUACUCAUCCUUCUUCUUCCUCCAAACACGGCGAGUGGAGUUUAGACCAAAAAGCUCUAUUUUUGUCUCAUCAGACCACAUGACCUUCUCCCAUUCCUCCUCUGGAUCAUCCAGAUGGUCAUUGGCAAACUUCAGACGGGCCUGGACAUGCGCUGGCUUGAGCAGGGGGACCUUGUGUGCGCUGCAGGAUUUUAAUCCAUGACGGCGUAGUGUGUUACUAAUGGUUUUCUUUGAGACCGUGGUCCCAGUUCUCUUCAGGUCAUUGACCAGGUCCUGCCAUGUAGUUCUGGGCUGAUCCCUCACCUUCCUCAUGAUCAUUGAUGCCCCACGAGGUGAGAUCUUGCAUGGAGCCCCAGACUGAGGGUGAUUGACCAUCAUCUUGAACUUCUUCCAUUUUCUAAUAAUUGCGCCAACAGUUGUUGCCUUCUCACCAAGCUGCUUGCCUAUUGUCCUGUAGCCCAUCCCAGCCUUGUGCAGGUCUACAAUUUUAUCCCUGAUGUCCUUAUACAGCUCUCUGGUCUUGGCCAUUGUGGAGGGGUUGGAGUCUGUUUGAUUGAGUGUGUGGACAGGUGUCUUUUAUACAGGUAACGAGUUCAAACAGGUGCAGUUAAUACAGGUAAUGAGUGGAGAACAGGAGAGCUUCUUAAAGAAAAACUAACAGGUCUGUGAGAGCCGGAAUUCUUACUGGUUGGUAGGUGAUCAAAUACUUAUGUUAUGCAAUAAAAUGAAAAUGAAUUACUUAAAAAUCAUACAAUGUAUUUUUCUGGAUUUUUUGUUUUAGAUUCCGUCUCUCACAGUUGAAGUGUACAUGCUUUGUAAGUAGGAAAACCUGCAAAAUCAGCAGUGUAUCAAAUACUUGUUCUCCCCACUGUACAUGGUUAUUUUACACAACUGAGUGUUAAAGCUUUACAGUGUGAAUUUAACUCUUGAAUCAACACUAGAAAUGUACUUUAAAAAUACAUAAAUACAGCCAGUAUGGUGCAUUUUGCAUCAUAUGAUGCAAAAUGCAUAAUACCGGCUGCAUUUCUGUAUUUUUAAAGUUAUAUAUCUUGAAAACUUGAUUGUUGACAUUAAAAAAACUUUGGGAAUACAAUAUAUCGACAAUGGGCUAAUGAAACAAAUACCAACAGAUCGUUUUUGGGUGGGAUUUUCCUUUAACGCUGGCAAAAUUUGCUGUGUGCUAUGAAAGGGACACAUCUGUAGGCUUCCAUGCAUUUCAAGAACCUUUUAGAAUUCUGAAGAACCGUAGAUAUCACGUGAAGAACCCCACACUUAACUUAAAGGUUCUUCAUCGGGCAAGAGUUCUCCAAGGAGCUGAGGAAGAACCAUUUAAGAACCUUAAUUUUUUUCAGUGUAGGGCUCCAUUUGGGGCACAACCUGUGUUGGUGUGAUAAUGGGAUAGCUUCUUAUAAUGGGAUAGCUUCUUAUAAUGGGACAGCUUCUUAUAAUGGGACAGCUUCUUAUAAUGGGACAGCCAGGUCCUUACAGGAAGGCUGCUGCUCACAUAUGAAUAAGUCCCAUUCCUUAUGGGUUGUAAGGUGCCAUUGUAAGGUGGGUGGCAAGUAUCUAUCUCAGUCUCAGAGAAUUCCAACCGUUUCUUCGUCAGAUAGAUAGAAUGUGAUUUUUUCUCUCUCUUUCACUCUCUUUUGAUGUGUUCUCUUCUCUCCCUGUUUUUUCUCCCUUCUCUCUCCCCUCAUCUCUCUCUCCCCCCUCUCUCUUCCCUCCCCCCUCCCUCCCCAACCUCCGUCCCCCCCUCCAUACCCUCCCUUCCUUCCUCCCUCCCCAGCUUUGGGGCUCUGAUAGGUCUGUCCAUAGCAGCGGUGGUCCUCCUGGCCUUCCUCAUCACAGUCUGUGUCCUCUGCUACCUCUUCAUCGCCACUAAGCCCAGUCGCCUUGACAAUGGCCUGCCGCUACGAGCACCAGGUAACACAAGUGACCAGAGGUGGCGACAUACCAUAAUGAUGGGCCAGCUAGCGACAUACCAUAAUGAUGGGCCAGCUAGUGGCAUACCAUAAUGAUGGGCAAGCUAGCGACAUACCAUAAUGAUGGGCCAGCUAGCGACAUACCAUAAUGAUGGGCCAGCUAGCGACAUACCAUAAUGAUGGGCCAGCUAGUUACAUACCAUAAUGAUGGGCCAGCUAGCCACAUACCAUAAUGAUGGGCCAGUUAGUGACAUACCAUAAUGAUGUGCCAGUUAGUGACAUACCAUAAUGAUGGGCCAGUUAGUGACAUACCAUAAUGAUGGGCCAGCUACCCACAUACCAUAAUGAUGGGCCAGCUACCCACAUACCAUAAUGAUGGGCCAGCUAGCAACAUACCAUAAUGAUGGGCCAGCUAGCCACAUACCAUAAUGAUUUGCCAGUUAGUGGCAUACCAUAAUGAUGGGCCAGCUAGCGGCAUACCAUAAUGAUGGGCCAGCUAGCGACAUACCAUAAUGCUGGCCAGGCUAGCGACAUACCAUAAUGAUGGGCCAGCUAGUGGCAUACCAUAAUGAUGGGCAAGCUAGCGACAUACAAUAAUGAUGGGCCAGCUAGCGACAUACCAUAAUGAUGGGCCAGCUAGCGACAUACCAUAAUGAUGGGCCAGCUAGCGACAUACCAUAAUGAUGGGCCAGCUAGCCACAUACCAUAAUGAUGGGCCAGUUAGUGACAUACCAUAAUGAUGGGCAAGCUAGUUACAUACCAUAAUGAUGGGCCAGCUAGCGACAUACCAUAAUGAUGGGCCAGCUAGCGACAUACCAUAAUGAUGGGCCAGCUAGAGACAUACCAUAAUGAUGGGCCAGCAAGCGACAUACCAUAAUGAUGGGCCAGCUUGUGAUGUCUGGGUGGUUGGGAAUAAAACAAAGAGGACUGCAAAAACACACAUUUCUAUCUCACAAUGAACAAGUAAAGCUGCAGUGUUCGUGCAUGUGGUCCUGCGUGUGUGUCUCUGUAUUCCAGGGUUGGACCCCAGUGAGGGCCCCAGCCACUCCGGCCCUGCCCCUUCCACUGGCCCCCAGGGCUUCAGGAAGCACUUCCUCAGCAGGAAGCUGGACUGUGCCAACCAGCCACCCGACCCUGAGAGACUGUUCCAGAGGUGCUUCGUCACCACCGUCAACAUGGAGGUCCCUUCGUAG